CAGAAGACAAUCAACUCCCGCGCUUAUUAUGAAUACGUGCCAAUUAGAACACACCAUCUGCCAAAUGCAUCACGACUUUCGUUAUGUGAAGACAACCGUCCGUCUAGUAAGGAAAAGGCAAUCGCAAUGCUGAAGCAUUCGCUAACGAACCCAAUCCGAUCGCCGGAUGAGGAGACGUACUGAUAAGCUCUUCGUAAAUUUCCGUUCGUUAAAAACACAGGAAUAGCGGAUUUACACAAGAUUGGUUGGAUUUCCUUCAUUCUGGAAAAAGUAAUCAAGUGUGCACUUUUGUUUAGAACAGUACUUGUUGGUGAAGACACAAACCUCUCCUGAGGCUAUACGUCUUUGUCUCAGACCACAUACUUACAUGAAAGAACUGACUAGUAUAAUGUUGAACCUCGCAAAACGGUACAAGUAAGGAGGUGUACCGAUUGUUAAGCAGCAUCACUCACUCUACUAGCCUGAAGGCUCGGUAAAACCGAGCCCUAGUAUCUAACAAACGACUUUCAGAUGCUCAUCACUGGUGUCUUGAAAACAUGCGUUCUCUUGACUGCAAUGUAAUGAAAGCAACUGCUCUAUUUGAUCCUGCAUGCCAGGGUCCCAACAAAAGGGUCAAAAUACAUUAGAUGUCAUAGUAAAUUCUUUGAACUUUCUGGAGAAAGGGAUGGCAUAACAAACUGAAGUAAUUCGGAAAGAAAACGGGGCGACGGAAUAACCUUUAAAAGGAGGUGUAUAUUUUCUCAUAUGUGUUUUGAUACGUCAUCUUAGUCGAAAUAUACCGAAGGGUUGAAAUUGCAUUGUGUCAUUUCCAACGUGUGGAGAGAAUAUCAGAGAGAUAUGGGAUAAAUUGAUAAAUGUAUUGACUGAUGUGACAUUUUCAGGAAUUACUGUGGAUUUUAUAUGAAUGUGCGGAUAAUACAUUCAGCUGUUUCACAUCUCAGUUAAUUAAUGCCAGACAAUGCCCGAUCGUGAUCAGUCCGUCAACUGGUGGAAAACAAAUUUAGAAUAGGGAUUGAAUUUGAAUUUGGAAUUUGAAUUGUCGUUGGCCUAUCUAACUAAAAGCAUGUGGUGAAUUAUUUGGAUGUGAAACCAGGAGUUUCACACUGUUUAACUUGCCGAUAUCAUCGUCUGUGGAUUUAACAAACGAGAAGUCCUUUUUUUUACAGUUUGCGCGUAAAACAUUUAAGAAAAAGAAAGAGGAAUUAUCUUGAAAGGCUGUCGAUUGUCAUAUCGUUGGUGUUAAGUGCGCUCGUUCUAAAGCAGCUGUGACGUCAUCAAGAGAGGAUGGUCAACCAUGUCGGAUGGGUAUGCAAUUUGGAACGGUUCUUAUAACGAAUCGAUCGAAGUGUUUCUAAACCAGUCGCUAGGGGGCGCAGACGACUUUACGUCUCAUACUCUCAUUAGGAAUAUCAUAGUGGGAUUUCUCCUUAUCUGUAUCGCAAUCGCGUCGUUCUUUGGAAAUCUUCUUGUUGUCUGUGCGAUAUGUUCGAAUCGACGGCUGCGGACUGUGACUAAUUACUUCGUCAUCUCGCUGGCAAUGGCGGAUCUUCUCGUGUCAGUUCUCGUCAUGCCCUUCCAUAUUGUUGUCGAGUUGACUCAGCGUUGGUGGUUUGGUUUCGUCAUCUGCGAUAUCUGGAUUUCUUUAGAUGUGAUGUUUUGUACGGCGUCCAUUUUGAAUCUGUGCUGUAUCAGCGUGGAUAGAUAUUUUGCAAUAACAAGACCACUGAUUUACGCGACUAGACGGAGUAAAAAGUUGGCACUCAUAAUGAUUACUGUCGUCUGGAUAGUUUCGAUCGCCGUAACGUGUCCUCCGAUAUUUGGUUGGCAGGAAGAGGGCAGGUGGGACGACGAAUCUGCCUGUGCACUCACAAAAGACCCCGGAUAUAUCAUAUACUCAUCAUUAGGCUCAUUUUAUGUUCCAAUGAUUAUCAUGCUCUUUGUCUAUGCUAAGAUAUUCCAAGUCACGCGAGAGCGCGAGAUCAGACUCAAACCGUACAGACGCAGCGUUCUGAUGGCGUCCCGUGCGUAUGACACUAACAUGGAGGAUAUGAGCCUAAGCGAGACAAAGUGUAGUUCCGGAGAUAAUGAGGUGUCGGGAAAUUCAUCCAGUGAAAAAGAGGACAGUCAUCCAACGGUAGUCCAACAAGCUAGUCUUAAGUCUAAUCUAAGUUCAAGUGAACAAGGUGGGUUAAACGAAAUUGAAGAAACUGGUUUAGAGCUCCCAGAACAUGCUGCUUUGAACCAACAGAGAAGCAUCGACUCCAAUCUCAGUCUAAGCCAACCGGGCAAUCUAAACCAGCAGAGUAGUCUCAAGUCAUGCCUAAGUUCGAGUCGAGAUACCAGCCUCAAAUCUUGCCUUUAUUCAAAAGCGCCUGCCACUGCCAAUCUUCCAGGGAGUAAUAAUGUCCAUGUCAGUGUACAUUCACCCCCGAUGAGAAGACACCAAGGCUACACGGUGGAGUUCACCUUGAACAGCAACCACACUACAAGCAAAUCACAGAGUAGCUUAACAUUUCCCAGUCGAAACAAUUAUCAAAGUUGCUUAAAAGCGCGGCAGCAAGGUUCGCUCCGCAUCAAUUAUGGAAAUACUGCAAACAAAACUGACAAGUCUAAAAUGGACUCGAAAAAACUUCGCGCUGUGAUCGCCAAGGAGAGAAAGGCUGCAAAAACUCUCGCGAUUGUGGUUGGUGCUUUUAUUUUCUGUUGGUUGCCAUUUUUUAUGGUUUACGUCAUCGAACCUUUCUGCCAAACAUGCUACUUCCCCGUUCUUGUACUCACCGGUGUCACGUGGUUAGGUUAUUUGAAUUCAACUGUCAACCCAUUCAUUUACGCCUUUGGCAAUCGCGACUUCCGGCGGGCAUAUUGGAAAUUGACUUGCGGGAAAAUACAAAAAUGGCGGAAUAAAUCCAAAAACAGAGACUUUAAUAUCAGAAGAUGAUGCAGCCAACCCCAGUCUGUCCUCAUUUGGGUAUAUCUUGUCUAAUAGCUGCAUGCAGUAUAGUACGCUAAAGACUGGGCUUGCCAGACCAGCUGUGCUCAUCGAUUUAGUUGCAUUCGAGAUUUCGCAUGUUCUCAGUACCGUUAAUUGUAUUUUUUUUAAAGACAAAUCACAACAACUAAUAGGCGCAAACAGUUUAAGGUCUACCUUUCGGUUGAGAUCUUCAACGACUUAUUCUACAGUAAAGGACCAGCUAAUUUAUAAUCUUAAUGGAGAUCCAUGAACAGCUGGCAACGUACGUGGCAAACGAAGGGCAACAUGGUACGUUUUAGAAUCCUGUGUGGUAUCAGACUGACUGUAUAGCUAAAAAAGUUGCCUGAAUCACGGACAAAAUACGAUACAAUAUUACGAUGGCCAAUCUCUGCUGGUCAGUGGAUCAAUGAACCAGCAGACGGAGGCCACUAUGUUCCUGUCAUAUGCACCUGAUAUCGUUGGGAGUUGGGAAAAAGGCAUCAAUUAGAACCCCAGUGGGGAUUUCAGUCAGACACUCAUAACGUAGUGCCCCUUUGAAGUAGCUAUUUCUUUUCGUGUCAACCUCUUGCUAUUAUCAGGUUUGCAAAAUAGGCGUUAUGUGUAAUGUGUGUACAGUCCAACAUUGGCCGGGGUAGACAUAGACGUUUAGAAUAUCCUUGGAUAGAACGUCCGAGGAACAAGGUCUAAUCUUUACACUCAAUAGAACAAAUACCAUAAUCUGUUAAAAUGCAAUAUUGCAGGACACUUUUCCAGGGCAAAUUUCUACUUCUACACCGGCAUUCUUUUUUAUAGUAAGUUUAGAUGGUGCGUGUUUUGACCGUUUUCUUGUGCAGAAGCGUCCUAGACCAACACGGUGAAUCUAAGAAAUGGAUGGUGGAGCGUUAAGAAUAGAUUUGAAAUUUACUCACACGGAUAAGGUUAAUGAUCAACGUGAUGAGAAUUGAGCAGAAGCUGUUGGCUUCAGGACAGAUUUUGUGGAAUGUUUCACGUUGCUUAUAAAAGAUAGAUUUGGUAAAACUAUAACUGAUUUUGAAGGAUAAUUUGCUGAUACGCUCUGACUGCUAUUGAACGCUAGUGGUGUAGUUACAAUGUAAUUUUAAAUGUUUGGACGCAAUAUAUAGACUAUCUGGUCCAGACCUUGAAUGUUUGUGAUUCUUGGAAUAUUGUUACGAUGAGGCUGUACAUUCUCAAGACUGCGCGCUAGAAGCGCGUCCCUAUAUUCAUACAAUAAAUACAAGGUGGAGUACAUCGGUUUCGUCAUGCCGGUAUCUUUGAAAAAAUAUUUACCUUCUGAAUUUCCUUCUCGCUGGAAAGUCAUAGAUGACGAUUUUACAGAUGAAUAAAUGAUAAGUUAAAACACAAUACCAUUCCAUCAGAGACUAUCUCCUCAACUGAGUGGUUUUGUAAUACAUUGCGUACAUGGAGCACUGUAUUGUCUGGUAACGUACCUGGCGAUGUGAAAAAAUAAGGUUGCAUGACGUAA